UUUUCCGCUCCGGCCUGUGCCCAAAGGGCCCUCCAGGCCAACCCUCCCAGUCUUGGGGCGCAACCGAAUCCUCCCGACCUCGCCGCCAGCUCGGGGACAUGGAGACCCUCACCGGACCCCGGAUGCCCUGCCCCGAGGACACCGUCGCUCGAUUGCUCUUGCUCUGCUUGGUCCUUCUUCAGGUGACCGGAGCCUCAGGCACUACAGAUAUAGUGGUAGCAUAUAAUUUAACCUGGAAAUCAACUAAUUUCAAGACAAUUUUGGAAUGGGAACCCAAACCCAUCAAUCAUGUCUACACUGUCCAGAUAAGCCCCAGGUUGGGAAACUGGAAAAGCAAAUGCUUCUACACCACAGACACCGAGUGUGACCUCACCGACGAGAUUGUGAGCGAUGUGAAUCAGACAUACCUGGCACGGGUCUUCUCCUACCCAGCUGAUGCCACUGAUUACACCGGGGAGCCUCAAUUUAGAAACUCCCCAGAGUUCACACCUUACUUAGAGACAAAGCUCGGACGGCCAAAGAUUCAGAGUCACGAACAAGUUGGGACAAAACUGAAUGUGACCGUACAGGAUGCACGCACCUUAGUCAGGAUGGACGGCACAUUCCUAACCCUGCGAGAGGUUUUUGGCAAGGACCUAAGCUACACACUUUAUUAUUGGAAAGCUUCAAGUACGGGGAAGAAAACGGCCAAGACAAACACGAAUGAGUUUUUGGUUGAUGUGGAUAAAGAAGAAAGCUACUGUUUCAACGUCCAAGCAGUGAUUCCAUCACGGAAAAUAAACCAGAAGAGUCCAGAAAGUCCCAUCGUGUGCACCAGCCAAGAUAAGGGUGUGUCUAGAGAAAUGCUCUUCAUUAUUGGAAUAGUGGUGCUUGUGGUCAUUGUCCUCACCGUCAUCCUGGCGGUGUCACUCUACAAGUGCAGGAAGAGGCGUGGCGGGCGAGGCGGGAAGGAGAGCACUCCGCUCAACAUUGCAUGAAGAACACGCCCUUGGAGCCGCCGACCCCGGCGCACUUUGUGCGGCACUGUGACCAAGAACUUUUAAGAGAACAGAAUAUAUGGACUCACAAAUGAGUAUUUGGGAGCAUGGAGACUCUUGGGCUCAACGAUAGCUCUUUAUCGGACCGAUUCUCCCAAUUAGCAUUCUGGUUUCGACGUCAGCAUUAGCUACUGUGGAAUGUCAUGAACGGUACAACCAAUUCCAAGUUUUUAAAAUUUCUGUUUUAACACUAUGGCACCCUUUUGCACAUAUCCUGUUCUAGAAUGUAUAUUCUGUGCCCAACAUGAAACCAGGUUGUCUAAUCAAAAAAACAAAUGAACAUAUGCCUUAAAAACAAAAAUCCUGGGCAGACUUUUGGAAAGCUUUUGAGAAGCUGACUUCAAAUCGUGUGGGAGAGUAAAAUGGAGAUUGGGUGGACCUGUCUAACCUAUGUCUCUCCUUUUGUGAUAUAUGGUGUUUAGUAUCUUCUGCUUCUAUUUUGAGCUCUCUUAGAGGUUCAAAAACAGUUGGCAAACUUUUCUGUGAAUGUACGAAAUGCAGGAGACUUCUGUGCGGGGCACAUUCUUAAAGCACCUUAGGGGUUAGCACUUUAACUGACUUAUGUGCUGUUGAUUAAGCACUUGACAGCCAACUAUGUAUUUAUAAGACUACUAUACAAACCACAGAGAGUAUGAUUUAAGGUACUUCAUGCUUUUAUGGUCAAUAUUGUAUAUAUUUAUAUAAUUUUAAGAGGUUUUAUACAUGGGGAUUUUCUAUUUAUAGAAUAUUGUAGUUUGUAUAUAUGGAGAUAAUUUAUUUAAUAUACUUUUAUAUAAAUAAAGGUGACUGGGA